AUGCCUCCAGCUAGCGUAAUCGACGCAUUCACGCCUCGCUAUAAGCGCCGGCAGUUGAGCCUCGUUAUAGAAAAUUCCUCGGAAGAAGAUGAAAGUUCAUGUAUCGGGGAUCAGCAGCAACAGCAGCAACAGCCGCAGCAGCAGCAACAGCAGCAGCAGCAGCGGCAACACUUCACCGGACGCGCCCUCGAGGCGUUUCAUCGGGCGGCGGUCGUCAAACCAGUGGCGCAAAGUCAGAGCCACCGCGCGGGGGGGUGGCUCGAAACUCUCCGCCAAGCCUCGCGCAUCCGCGCAACCGGCGCUGGGCUUUCGGGAAGCUCCGCAUCAGCGGGGGCAUCAGCAGGGCCUUCCUCCGCUCCCGCUUCCGCCUCCGCCUCCGCUUCCGCUUCCGCAUCCCCUUCCGCCCCGUGCCGGUUGAAGCGGAGGGCAGCAGACGCGGGGCUGGAGUGCAGCGCGGGCUCCGCGGAGGAGCCGAAGCUACUGAGGCGCGCAACCUGCCCCGCGGAACGCGCCUACGUCGUCCCCCACCACUGGGCCUCCGCGGACCCCGCUUCCGCCGCCAGCUCGCGCAACCCCACGUAUUCCCCCGCCCCCGUCUCCGCUGCUGCCCGCGCAGGCGCUGGCGCUGGUGCAGCCUGGCCCGCGGGACUCCUUGCGCUGAACGCGCUCGUCUCUCCGCGAUACGCGCCGGGCCAUUCUUCACGACCCGCUCCACCUACCUCCGCCCCGCUUUCCCCUUAUCGACGUCAUCCUCCGCCUCCGCGCUCCCCCGCUUUUCCGCCCUCCCCCGCUCCGCUUCCCCCAUUCCGAGCGAAAUUCGCGCCCGUGCCGUCGCCUGCUUCUACUCCUAAUCCCUUACCCGGGUUUCCCGCCGCAUCUGGCGCUCCACAGCGGUCCCUAACGACUCGAAGAUGCUCGUCCAAGUCGCCUGCGACGUCAGCGAACAAUUCCACGUCAGCGGGAUUCAAAGUCCCGUUUUCGCCACGCGUAGCUUGUGGUUCCGAGUCUUCUGACACGUGGACGAAUUGCAGUGGAGGAGGAGGAGCGGAUUUGGCGAGCGAAGAGAGGCCACGUGGAAUGGUGGCACAGGGAGUGUCAGAAUCAUCAUCAGCAGUAGCAGCAACAGCAGCAACAGCACAACUGCCACCUCAGGUGGUGCACCUGCCAUGUCAGCUGCUGCGUCUGCCAGCUCAGAUUUUGCUGGCAGACUCGCGCCCACCGCCUCCCCUUAAGGAAAGGGGGGAGGAUGAGGAAGGAGAGAAAGUGAGGAGGAGAGAGAAGAGGGGAGGAGAGGGUUUGGGGAGGGAGGGAGAGAAACAAAAAGUGGCCCUGGCGGUUAGUGCAGAGGGGGAAAAGAUGGAAGUGGUGGAGUUGGUAAGGGGAGUGGAGAUGAGAGAUGAAGUGGAGGGGAUUGAAAGAGAGGGUGGGAGGGUAGAUAAGGGGAGUGAAGCGAUGGAGUUGGAGGGAGGAGGAGAAGAGGGAGUAGGAGAAGUGGGAGACGAGGUAGGAAGGACAGAAGAACGAAAAGAAGUAGCGAGGGAGGUAGGAGGAGAAGAAACGGAAGGGGAGGACGUAGGGAGGGGAGAGGGUCAAGAAGCUGGGGAUGCGAAAGAGGGUGAAGCAAUUGAAGCAGGUAUGGAAGGUGGUGGUGACAAGCAGGGCGAGGAGAAUGGAUGGUUGUGGGAGGGAAGUGACCUGAAAGGGUGCUAUCUCGACGUGAGCAGGACAUUUGUUGAUGAAACGGUUAGAAGCAGUGCUGAGGAGGUCAUAGGCGGUGCCGAGGAGGUUUCAAUCGGUGCUGAGGUGGUGCCAGGCGGUUCUGGGUUGGUGAUACUUUGUGCAGAUAUGGAUCUGGAUGCGAUGCCUCAUGAGCUGAGUUGCUGCCUCGGGUCCCAGCAGGAUCAGUCCGCGGAGGCACACUUGGGGCAGCAGGAGAAGCAGCAUCUGGACCCGCAAGUGGAGCAGCAUGAGCGGCAGCAGCAGCAGCAGAUGGAGGGGGAAGAGUGCUCGCUGGAACAGUUGACUCGCGUUGACUCGAUGGAAGAUGACGACUUCUGGGAAAGGAUGGUCGCCAGCUAUGGCACGCUGGACGACCUGUCCUCUACAGAUGGGGUGCCCGCUACAGAUGGAGAAACUGCUACAGCCGAAGGGAGCGCUACAGCUGAAGGGGCCGCUACAGCCAGAGUGGCCGCUACAGAUGGAGGAACGACCACAGCUCUAGAGGCGGCUACAAGUGUGGGAGCAGCUACAGCCGAUGGUGGGCUUGAAAUGGAUGAUUGCGGGGUAGGUGUUGCCACAGUAAGUGACGGUACUGCCUUGCCUGCUGUAACUCCUGAAUCUCUGGCAGCUGUUGAGGGUGCACUGCCAGAAAAUUCUGCAUACUCGGGGGUGCAUGCAGCAGCGAUGACCCACCAACCUCCUUCCACAGAUGCUGAAGCAGCAGCUUCAACUGUUGGGCGGGCUGGUUUGUUUGUAGUGGCCAGGGAAUGCCCGAUGCUAUCAGAUCUCACUCUUUCCGGGAGAUAUUUUCGCCCGGAUUGGCUCGGCGCGCUCUGCUUCUGCCCGAACCUGCAGACGCUCAGGCUCGAGAAUUUCCACCAAUCAGAGCCCGACGAGUGUGCAGCAGCCGUUGGGUGGGCGGGGGGAGUGCGGCACGAGAUGGGAGCGGGCGGGCAGCAGAACGGGCAGGAGGAAGAAGGGGAGGGAACGAAUGAGGAGGGAGGGGAAGAGGACGACGAGGGGAAAGCGGAGGGGGAGGAAGGAGGUGAAGAAGGGGGAGAAGGGGGAGAAGGGGCGGAAGGAGAGGAGCAAGAGGAGGAAGGGGAGGGGGAUGGGGAUGAGGAGGAGGGGGAGAACAAGGAGGAUGCGGAUGCGGUUGGAAGGCAUUUGGAAAGAGAGAUGUCUGAUGCCUCUCUGCCCCCUUCCCGUCGCUUCCUAGCCACCGUCAAAGCCGCAGUGCACCGCUCUAAAACCAUCAAAACCGGUUCUACUGAUGCCACCAGCAGCACAGGCACCUCUGGCACGCCCAGUCGCAUCAAAGCGAGUCCCAGACCUCCCCAACCCCCCCCAGGAUUCCUCUCCCCUGUAGAAACCCUUCAGCUGAUCCACUGUGACUUGCGCUCUCGCCCGUUCUUCCUCGCACUUCUCGCUGUCUGCGCCAAUUCCACCGCUCUGCACCUUCGCAACUGCUGCGGUUUGGACGACGCCUCCCUCGCAGGGAUCUCGGUCGCCACGAACCGUCGGAUCGGCCGGCUGGCGAUCGAAGGGUGUCCGUUGAUCACGAUGAAAUCGCUAGAAGCGGUGGUGCUGGCACUGCCGGGGCUGAGGCAGCUUGUGGUGGGGGACUGUGGGGGAGUGAGGGAUGAGGAGAUGGGCGGGGAGUUUGCGGAUCGGAUUUUCACGUUGAAGGAGCUGAAAUGGCAGCCGUCGGGAGGGAGGUUGGCAGGGACGGGAUUGUUUGAGAAGGGCAGGUGGUUGGUGCAGGGGGGUUGA